GGCAACAAAAUAUUUUGUAGUGAUUCCGGCAACAAAAGUAGAGUAUUAAUAAAAAUAUUUUUGAUAUUUAAUUAAAUUAAAGUUGAGAAUAAUUUAGAACCAGAUAAAUAAUUUAAAAUUUAAUCUAAUAAUUACCCCUAAUCAAAGUGAAUACCCGUGACACAAAUCUAGUAUACGGAGACGAUAAAAUAGGUGUGCUACUUUGUAAGCAGCAAACAAAGUAUUCUCUCAUAAAAAUACGAUGCUGCGCCAAGAGUGGAGAAGCCCCGACCCCAACUUCUCCAACCCAACACCUAUUUCUGCUGCUUUUGUUGACUCAAUCACUCAACCAGAUUGUGAAAGGAAGGGGUCGGCGAAGGCGUAUCUGCAUCACCUGUGCUCUGCAAAACAAUGGAAACAGCCUCUCUUUGAAUGCUGUAAUGAAGAAGGUCCCGCUCAUAAGAAACUGUUCAUCUUCAAGGUCAGCAUUCACUCAGAAGAAGGGCGUGUGAUCGUGGAGAGUUUCGGCAACACUCAGACGAGCAAGAAAGCCGCGGCAGAGGAUGCAGCGGAGGGGGCUCUCUGGUGCUUGAAACAUAUGGGCAUCAGCUGGUGAAGCAAUGCACCUGUAAUGUAAUGAUUGUAGGAUCCAAAUCAUGAAAAAUAACUAUGCUUCAAGGUUUAGCUUAGAAACCAUAUAGUUGUGCAAUCGCGCGCUGUCACAUUUUUUGUGGCAGAUACUGUGUUUAAUGUUGUAGAUUAGAUGGCUUCAGCUGCAGAAGAUUAUCUUGCUUUGUGCUUCAGUGCAUAAACUCUGCCAUGUUGUAUUUGAUGAAGCCUUCUUAGUUAAUUUAUUUUCAAGAGAAAGAUAUAAGUAAUGAUUCUAA